AAUUAUCUCAUCAAAUUUAUCAUGAAAAUGACCGCAUAACUAUUCUUAAUUCCAUUUUUAACUUUAAAUUUAAAUUCCUGCCUGCAUUCUCAUUCUCAUUUUAUUUUCCUUUCCCUAUUUCACACGUACAGCAAUAGAAUCCAACGACACAAGAACCACAUUGCUCCCAAAAUUAGCAUAUAACCGUCUUUCGCAUCAUACAAUAAACUUCCACACAAUAAUCGCUUAUUUGGUUUUUUCACGUUUCUUCCACUUCGAGUAAAACUCGAUCAUCACUUACACUGUUAUCGUUAUCAUCACUGGCUUCAGAUUUCGUUGUCAGUAAUCACUCAAGUGUCGUGGUUUUGCCAGAUCUUGCGGCGUUUAAUUAGGGCUAUUUCAGUAGGGCUUGUUUUCUUGUUACACCAUCUUUUGGGUCUUGUAUGGAGGAUACAUCACACUUGCUAAAUGGUGAAGAAUAGCUCCUCUGUUUAGUUUAUGAUCACACAAUCAGAAAAGUGUGGACAUAAUGGGGACCAGUGCUCGCAGUUCUACCAAUAGAAAACCAAAUGAAAGUAUGAGGCUUGUUCUGACAACUUUUGCUGGAAUACUUUUUGGCUUCUUUAUAGGAAUAUCCUAUCCAACAUUAACUACAAAGUUGAAUAUCUCAUCUAACCUGCUUCCCUCCAUAGACGUGUCUUCCAUUGAAGACGAAUAUGAAAGUGGCAAUGCUCGGUCUUUUAUGGAGAAUAAUAGCAGCGACUCAUCAAAAUAUCAGUUAUUAAAUGACACGCUGAAGAUUUGGAUUCCAUCAAAUCCAAGAGGUGCAGAAAGAUUACCUCCUGCGAUAAUUGAAGCUGAGUCAGACUUUUAUUUGCGUAGAUUGUGGGGUCAGCCUAGUGAGGAUUUAACCUCAAAGCCUAAAUACCUUGUGACCUUCACUGUUGGUUAUGAUCAGAAACAUAAUAUUGACGCAGCUGUGAAAAAGUUUUCAGGGAAUUUCACAAUUCUUCUGUUUCAUUAUGAUGGCCGAACAACUGAAUGGAAUGAGUUUGAAUGGUCAAAGCAGGCUAUUCACGUGAGUGUUCGCAAACAGACCAAAUGGUGGUAUGCCAAACGGUUUCUGCAUCCUGACAUUGUGGCACCAUAUGACUAUAUUUUUAUGUGGGAUGAAGAUCUGGGUGUUGAGCAUUUUAAUGCAGAGGAAUACUUAAGACUGGUGAGGAAGCAUGGGUUGGAAAUUUCACAGCCUGGUUUGGAACCCAAUAGUGGUCUGACAUGGCAAAUGACAAAGAGAAGAGGUGAUCGUGAAGUUCACAAAGAAACAGAGGAGAAACCAGGAUGGUGCAGUGAUCCUCAUCUGCCACCUUGUGCAGCGUUCGUUGAGAUUAUGGCUCCAGUGUUUUCACGUGAUGCAUGGCGCUGUGUGUGGCAUAUGAUUCAGAAUGACUUGGUCCAUGGGUGGGGUCUUGAUUUUGCUCUUAGAAAAUGUGUUGAGCCGGCCCAUGAUAAGAUAGGAGUUGUUGAUUCUCAAUGGAUUAUUCAUCAAAGUAUCCCCUCACUAGGGAAUCAGGGAGAAUCAACUUCUGGGCAAGCGCCAUGGCAGGGGGUGAGGGAGAGGUGUAGAAAGGAGUGGACAAUGUUCCAGAGUCGGAUGGCAAGUGCAGAAAACGCAUAUUACAAAGCCGUUGGAAUUGAUUUAUUUAAUUCAACUAAUCCUUAGGGGACGGCAGCACCUAUCGGAAGACGACUUGUACACAACCAUCGCCGUAUUGUCUACGAAAUUUUACACACAAAUAUAUGUUUUCUUACACUCCAUUCACAGAGAAUUGUGUUUUGGUUAGUCAUAGUGUAGUAGCUAAGGACAAAACAAGUCGAUGUAGAAUUUGAGAGCUGAGAGUUAGAAAAUUAAAUAUAGGUAAACUUAUAAUGUUCUUUUAGAAUCUUUUACCUAGUUGAUUUGGAACGGUAUAUGGAUAUCUGCCCAACUUCGUCAAACCACUAAAAAAAAAUAAAGUUUAAAGGGUUCACAA